UAUAAAACGAGUACGGGUUGAUGUUUCGCGUACUUGCUCCCCACAAGGUCAAGUGCGAGCGUCGAAGUCAUUGCUCUGCGCGCGCACCGCAUAGUUGCGCCUGCGCCGCGUCGCUAUUAGUGCACGGUGUACCACGGAGAACGGUACAAGAUGCGGACUCAAAUAUUUUUCUGUUUCCUAUUUUGGGCGUCCGCUCAAGCCUUAGAUAGUGCUGAUAACAAAUUCAUGAAGGAUUAUGCCAUGUUAAAGAUCUAUGAAAGCUGCUUCGGCACUCAGCUUUUGAAACAAAUAACCAAAGAACUAAAAGACGCAUACGCGAAAUGUUCAACAGCGCCACCUAUGAAGGAACCACUGAACUCACACAUACCACCAUUGUUCCUAAGUAAACUACCGCCCGGAUUCUCCAUGGACCCGAACUCGCAAACCAUCACAAAACCGCUAGGUGGCGCUAUGCACAAUAAAGAUGACGAAGGAAAUAUUCAAGAUCAAGGACCUACACCACAAAAACAAACAAUGGGCGGUGUAUUAACUUUCAGGCCACACGGGGGUCCAUUCCCACAACCCCAGUCAGCGAUACCACCGUACGUGGUACCAACACAGUUCCGUCCAUACAGUGCCAACCCUUACUAUCAGAUGCCCUACAACGCGCCCGUGUUCUACCCCCCCAACUUGCCGUACAACCCUUAUUUUGCACAGCAACAGUACCAGCAACCCUUCUUCCAACAACAACAGCAACCCUUCUUUGGCAAUAGUCGGAUGUCGCGCCACCUCGGCCUCCGUGCCCGCCUCGGCAUGAGCGCACGUGCACAAGCCAGCCAGAACGUGACCUGUGUGAUGCAAGAGCUGGGCUACAUCGACAGCAAUAUGGAGCCCAACUACGAGCAGAUCACUCAGAGGAUCAGCAACCUGCCUGUCUCUGGCGAGCUGAAGAAUGACAUACAAGAGGGAUUACAGUUCUGCCAGAAGUUUUCGCAAUGUGUACCAGAAGACAAGCGUGACAUCGUGCCGCGUCCUCAGGAGCAGAUCAGAGCCAUCUUCUUCUUCCGUUGCUACAAGCACAAGAAGCUGGAGGCUUGCAUCAUGAAGGACAUCAAUGAGCAUUUCAACAAGGAGUACAUGUUCGACUCCGACACCGAUUUUGCCCUCUCCCGAUCAGCUCGCUCAAUCCGCGACGUCCCUCUUCGUGACCCAAGCAUCGAAGCCUUGGAGGAGAUGGAGGUAUACCUGUAUGACUACCUCAGUGGAGGUGGCGGGUUCGAUUUCGACCUGUACAUUUAAACUGAGCCUUUAGUACGUAGAUCUAGUUCAGUCAUUCUUUAGUUCUAAUGUGACGUCAUAACUAUUUAAGAUUUUAUAAGUUAUUUUAUAAUUUUUUACUGACUAGCUGUUUUAUAUAAGUACUGGACGUAACUUGGAAGAAAUGUUUCUCUGUUUACUAAGAAUAUGCAAGGUGUAGCCCAGGAAUGGCGAACCAUAGGCACGGUAAAAAAUAUUUAGUUCACGGCAAAAUGUAAAACUAUGAUUUCUCGUAUAAACCGGCGAUGCAUUUGUGUUGUGUCUAGUAUCACAGGUGUAUUUAGACUGCGGUGACAGCUCACCAUCAGUACCUUUAGUACGAGAUUGUUAUACAUUGAACGAAAACUCGGAUUAGUUGGUUCAUUCGCAGCGGCCAAUCAGAGCGCUGAACGAGCUCUCGUUUCGAUUUAGUUACACGUAAAACAAACUCGUACAGUAGGUAGGUACAGUCUCUCGCCUACUGUAAACGUUUUUGCUACUUAUUGGGAGUGAGAAAUAUAAACAGUAAAAAAUAUUUCAUUGUAUUUCUACAACUCCAAUACACAUUUUUUUCAAAGUAACUGACAUGUCGAUGUGUACCUAAAGGUUCGCCAUCCCUAAUGUAGCCUAUAGGCGCAUAGUAACAUGUCCUAAUACCUUAUAAUAAAAAGAAAAAAAAACCUAGAAUUUAUGUAAUGGUAUGCUACUAAUCUAUUCUACUCGUACGAAUACUCAGUACCUCUCUACGAAUUUUGAAUUAUCAUUUCAAGUAUUUUUGAACUUUAAAAUUAAUUAAUCGAGGUAUACGAAUACUUAUAAUUAGGUUUAAUUUAAUAAAAUAUCAGCUAAAGAUAGGAAUGAUACAUUUUGGUGCUCAAUAAUACUCAUAAAUUAAUGAUUUUUUCUACUUUUAAUGUUAAUUUAUACUUAUAAGAUUUAAAUUAUAAGUUUUUUUUAAACAAUGCUCAAAGUAUGGUUGCCAAUAAAUACGUACUUUUUAUUUUUAUACAUUUAAUACUCUAAGAAAAAAAAGACUACAUUUUUCAUUAAUAUUGUAAUUUCAUUCAAUUAUUCGCCCGCCAUCAGACGCAUUUAAUAUUUAUUUUAAUAAUAAAUUCAAUCGACUAGUUUUAAGAUUUUAUAGAAUAUAGAUCUUUGGCAUAGGGAAAACCGGGGUGUUUGCUACUGUCUUAAUAGAAAAAAUAAAUAUAUAAGUAACAAAACUGAGAAAAAUACUCAAAAAAAUUAGUAUAGGUAUAUAUUGAUAUAUCUAUACCAUAAGGACCCAUCCAUAUCCAUAGCUACAAAUGUACAAUAGCCAGCAGAUCAACCUACCCCGAUCUGUCAAUUUUAAUCAUUAGAUUUUCGACUUUUAAAUUUUAAUCAUUGAAUAUGUAAUGUCAGAAAAGGAUAGAAUGAUCUGCUGGUUUUGUGCAAUCAACAUAAAAAUAUUAAUUGACUUUCAAUUACCGUAUUCAAUACGUUUUUAGUAGAGAAAUAGACUGUAUAUUAAUUUUAUAAGAGCUUUAUUAUUUUGGUAGCAAACUAAAAGUUCUUGUCACUUAGGCUUGCUAGACCACGCCUUUUUGAUGACGACUCAUUAAUUUAUAAGGUAAAAAUAAAAAAAAACAACUGUCAUUUACAUUUUUCUGUCAUCCAUGUUUUUAUUUUUCAUUUCAUGUGUUAAGUAAUGGUGUUUUUCCUUUGAGAUUGACUCGCAAAAGAAUGCUGCAUUUACUAGUUUUAAGGUUAUUUUAAUUUAGGUUAAUUUAAUUUAAGUUAGUUUUAAUAUUUUUUGUAAUGUAUAAUGAGAACGACAACUGAUUAAAUAAAGGAUAAUAAAUAA